AUGUCUCUUCCCUCUCGAAAGCGACCUGCCGACGUCCUCUCUGAGGACGAAGAUGACCGAGACACCCCUCAGCGCUCUACCAACGGCUUUAAACGUGGUGUCUCAGCUUCAUCGAAAGCCCCCAAGAGAUCCAAACUCACCACAAUCCGAUAUUCUGAAGAUGUCGCAAAGCAAGCCAUCAGAAGAGAGAUUGUCCAUACCCCAGCCCUCAGCUACAUGUAUGACGACAUAAUGCACACAGUCACGACUACCAGGCAGACAGAAGGCUGUCAAUUGAGCUCGAACACGUACUACUCGACCACCAAGUCGUGUCUGAGAAACAAGGAUCAAGUGGAGAUUGUUGACCUCAUGCGCUAUCUCAAAGCUGAGAUCUUCAUCCGCACUGAUCACUGGGCCCCCAAGCCCAUGGCGGAAUGGUUUGAGAUGGUCCACGACGCUCGUCUUGAGAAGGCGUUCCGCAACAAGUACUGGGCUGAUAAUCAACGAGCGAACACGAAGAACAUUCUCAUUCUGUACAACCGUAUCACUCGACCACUCAUCAACUCUGACCCUGACCUUGCCGACUGGUAUGAGACAACUGCCAAGGCUGUCAUGCGCCGCUCUGUCUGGGUUCCCGGUCCUGAACACCCGGUCAUACAGAGUGCCGUUGCCAUAAUGGUGCGUGCUGAGGAUGAGCCCGUGUUCCAGGAAGGACAAAAGCGGACCACUCAAAUCUGGGUAGCCUGGUGCCUUCUUCGAGGUGAACCUUGCAUUGAGUCGUCCUACCUUGCCACUCUAAUUAUCGAUCGUGCUAACAAGAACCCUUCUCUGCGCACAUGCUUUUCCCAUGAGUUUGGCGCCUUGCGCAAGGUGAAGAGUACAAUCUCUGACUACAGUCAGUACACAAGGUGGCUCCAGAUGCAUGGAAGAUGCCACAUCAUUACUAUGGAAGAGCUGAUGGCGAGACCAGCUGUUGUGAAGAAGCCUAGCACAGCACAGAAGGUUACAAGCAAGACAAAGGAGAACAGCAACAACACCACAAAGAACAAUCAGAGCAAGCCUCAGAACACCGAUUAUCAAAGAGGCACCAACAAGGAGAAAGGCGCCCAAAAGUCAUUCACCAAUCGAGACCGUAGCCCAGAGGAGCUUAUGGUGUCUAUGGCCAUCUCUGGCUCCCAGCAGGCUCAGCAGCAGGGCCGCGCCGGUGAGGAGACUCAACAUGCCAAAAAUAAUCAGAAGCCGAAGCAGUACAAGAAGAAAAAGCCUUCCAAUGAACUUGAGGAGGAAAGUACCAUGAACCUCGAUGACCCUGCCGUUAGAGCCCAUCCCGAUGCUUCCAAGCCUGUUGCGUCAAACUCUUCAGCUUCGAACCCUUCAGCAGAAGGUGCCGUUAUGGUAUCAGCUUCUGACACCGCCACAACUCUUGCUUCCACCAUGACAGCAGCCCCCGUGGCUCCUUCAGAUGUCAAUACAACCCAAUCAAUGACCCCAGCGGAAGUCAGCAGCAUGCUUACCGUCAUGAUGAAGUUCGGCAACAUGAUGACUCAAAACAACCAGACCAUCGACUCACAAGCAGUCAGCUCUCAGGCUAUCAGCGCCGCAGAUCUGCAGAACUUCUCAGUGAAGCUGUAUGCAGAUCUCGACAGAAAGACAGACGCCAAACUUGACGAAAAUCUCGCGCCUAUUUUACAGGCCAUCAAGGAGAUGAAAUCCGAGAUGAAGCAAGUCCUCAACGCCAUUCAGAAAAUCGAAGACAAGCAAACUGCCUACGAAGAGGCUCACGCGACCGCGAUGAAUGACUUGCGAAGAGACUUGCAGGAGCUCAAGACAAAGGUUGAAGAGAAGGAGAAGAACCACUUCAGCUUCGCUUUCUCCAAGGAUGGAAAGACAGCGGAUUCCAUCACCUGCGCUCCCCGCGCUCCUACGUUGAACACGAGCCCGUCCAUCCGACGCAAGUGA